AUGGUUGGAAGACUGUGUCACUGGGGACCGCUUCUUGCUUUGUCUAUAAUAAUCACCCUAUUCCUUUGCGGACUUUAUUGUACGAUGUUGUGGUUGCCACCGUGGACUUCACUAGCAGGCGGCAUUCAUUUCGCGGUUUUUAUCACUUGGUUGUUUCUGAUAAUGAAUUACUUUCUUAAAUCAAUCUGGCUUGGACCUGGAUACCUACCACUCAAAUGGAGAAUGCAGGUGUGUUUUGCAGUUUAUGUAUCUCUACAGUUUCAUUUUUCCCUGAAGGAUACACUGUACGUCAAGCACGCAACAGUUGUCUAAACCACCACUCAGACACUGAAUUGGUUUCUGGCUGAGUCUUUGUUACAAGCAUACAGGUAGUAACUAAUACAUACAGCACUGACUGAAGUCUAAUAGGAAAUAAAUGGUACAAAACAAACUGAUAAUACUAAUCAGAAAUGGAAAAAUAAACAUACACUAAACAGCAGUCAAGAUGCACGAGACUGCCUAGGAAGUGGGCGGGCGGGCGGGCGGGCGAGCAGAAAUUGCUAGUUCUUUUAAGAUGUACGGUAAAAGCCGUAGCUUGGCUAAAGUGAAAACUGCUAUGCUUGUAGUAUUUUGAUUGGAUACUAAAAGUCUUUAUUUAUUUAUUUAUUUAUUUAUUUAUUUAUUAUACCAAUUAGGUCUGCCGCUUAAUGCUGCGCAUUAUAGACCACUCUAAAAAGGAAAACAAAAGUGUCUGAAAUGGCGCUUUUAAGCACAAAGUAAUGAAGUGUUAAUAAAUGUUUGAAAUUACAUUUUUAAAAGCAGCCAGUGAAUUGGACAAUGCUGUUUCCCUUGGGAGUUGAUUCCAUUCUGUAAUAUUGUCCUUGGGUAGAAGGAAUACUUGUAGUAAUAAUCCCUAAUGGCUGUUGGUUGUGUGUAAGAGUACUUAUUGGAGCAGGUUGAGUACGAAUGUCCAGCUGAUUGUACUUUGGCAUAUAAGGCUACAUGUUGUAGGUAUAGUCAUUGGCAUGUAACUCUAAAAGGUGUGGCUAGUUGCCAGACCCCCGACCCUAACCUCGCUGUGGUCUAGAUUUACAUUAAUAGCAAAGUUAUCAAUCUUCAUAUCAGAAAAAGUGGUCUUGCUUUGCAAGUUACCAUCCACUGCAGUAAAUAUUUCUUUGAUAUUUCAUAUUUUCAGUAACCAAGAACUAAAGUUAUGUCAACAAAUAUGCAUAAAAUUAUUUUUUGUUCAAAAAGCAUUUCUCUAUACACUGUUUUAUAGGAUGGUGACAAAUUAGGAGAUGUUCUGCAGAUAUGUCAUGUGUGUAAUGGUUAUAAAGCACCAAGAGUUCAUCAUUGCAGCAAGUGUGGACGGUAUUGAAUGAUUCUUUUACUUCACAAAUUCUAUGUAAGGUUGUCAAGGGGAAGCCUGCUAAUAUGGAAGGAAAAGGGUGGAAGAUUGGUAAAAUUGAAGAACAGCUCCCCAAAAAAUCUGCCAGCCAUCUGUUGGUAGACUGCAGACCAACAGUUUACCGACUCUCGACCAACAGUUCACCAUUUGGUGGCCAACUGUUGGUCGUUUGUCGGCUGACUAUUGGUUGAUAGUCACCCAACAGAUUUUUCUGGGAGCUGUUCUUUAAUUUUGCCGGAAGCUAGGAGAGAAUUCAUGAGGCAAGGCAGACAUUUUAACCUCAGACAAUAAAAAAGUCUUUCAGAAAAAAGUGAAUAUUAAUUUUCAAGAAAAUUUACCUCAUUAUUUUGUAGUUCUCCAAGAAAGCAUGUUUGUUCACCAAGAUGAUAUUUCAAGACAAAUGUUUAUUUUCUGUACUCACAUUUCUUACCUGAGGUCAACUCACAUCCUACAGUCAACUGCAGGUUAUAUACACACCAUUACAUCUGAUACACAUGUGCAUGUGUUUCUCUAUGAAAUAACUUACAUGCAUUUAGGGUUGAACUCUGCUCUGUUCAAGUUAAAUUAUGCAUUUUGGACUUUUCUAUCUUGUUUAUCUCAUUCAGUAAUAUACUCUUGAAUGGAUUGCUAUGAAGAAUAACCCAAUGUAUUAUUUUUCCUCUGAUAGAUGUGUCAUGAAAAUGGAUCACCAUUGCCCAUGGAUUAAUAAUUGUGUGGGUCACUUAAACCACAGAUCCUUUACAUUGUUUUUAUUUUUUGUUCCUCUUGGAUGUACUCACACCACUGUUAUUUUAAUUUGUUGUGUUGUUCAACAAUUUUAUUUGGUGAGUACUUGUCAAUAAAUUGCUGUUUUUCUUCAUAUACAUGUACCGACUGUAAACUGCGCCCCCCAAUUUUAGGCCCAUCUAUACCUGUGAAGAAAAUAAUAAAUCUGAUUAUAAGUCCCCUGGAUAUAAGCCCCUCCAUUUAAAAGCCCUCCUAAAACCUCUUAUGAAGAUGUAUGAGUCCACAACAGUGGCGCUUUACAGUAUUAUUUACCUGUCUGUCAAAUAUAAUUUUUAACUUUAUUAUCACACUUACUGACCUGGCUAAUAUAGACAAACAUUAGGCAACAUAAUUAAGUAAAUGGAAGUUGUGGUUGUUCAUCUAUAGGCCAUCUAUUUUCUUACUACCCUAUGUACCUGGACAAUGUAGUUGACCUAUAAAUGCAUACUGCUUCCGUGUGCACUAAACAGAUAAAAUAUCAAAGUCUGCUCUAUUCUAUUCUCUAUUCUUUAUUAUUCUAGGGCAGGGGUGCUCUAUGAAUUAUUGAGUAGGUCUGUGCUGCACCCUAUACCAAACAAUGUUAAGCUCAUGCAUUGCAAACCAAUUCUAGAUUGGGCCCCAAAUAUCUCUAUCUUUUUACAUACAAAAUUUAAUAUUAAUAUUUAAUUCUGAAUUCCACAGAUCAAAAUUUUCACUUAUAAUAGCUUGUUACAGACCAAAAUCUUCCAACUUGCUUGAACCCUAUCCCAAACUAAACUGCUUGAAAAAACUUCCAUCAAUAGAAGGUGCAUAGAUGAUGAAGUCUUUUGACUAAGGUUCAACUCCACUUGUAAGCUACUUACCUGUAUAUAAAUAAUGGUUGCAAUGGACUGGGGAAAGUUUUUCUUGGAAUGUAGGUCAUUUGAUUUGAGCACCUAUUGUAGUACCUGUUCCACAUUGGAUAGAGGUUGAAAUGUCCUCUUACCCCCCUCUUACCCAGUUCAACCAGAAGGCCAUAUACUUGAGUGCCCGAUCCAGAUCUUCAGAUAAGGCAGGGGGGGGCAGUCAUCCAGACCCUGAGAUGAGAUGGGGGCGGUCUCCAAAAAAGACAAUGUUCAUCCCUUCGGGCCUCAGUUUGGUCUAAAAAUAAAGGGGGGACCUGGGCUCCCCGGGCCCCUCCCCUUUAUCCUCCACUGUACUUUCUAUAUGACAGCUUCCCCCUGACUGAUACUCUAAUUGUAUAGCAAUCAAUUUUAAACCUGAAUUAAGUAUUAUGUCUUUAUCAAAAUUAUAUUCUAACUCAGUAACCUCUGUAUCCACAGUUGUCUGGUGGCCUUUAUCAACGUGUUGUGUUUCAGAGGAAUGCUGUAGUUCCAUUUAGAUUCUAUCAUCUUAUAGCUGUACUCUUUUGCAUUGGUUUGUCAGUGGGUGUUACAAUAGCUGUUGGCCUCCUUCUCUACUAUCAGGUCAGCAAUGUUAAAUUACUACAAGCUAUAAACUAGACUAAACAGGAACCACUAGUAUACAAGGCAGCUUUUUAAAGCUAUGCAUAUUGGACAUCUGGCAAGUUGGCGGUUAAAGAACUUAAAAGACAUAGGGUGCACAACAUGUCUAAGGUCUAUAAAUUUAUAUUAUGAUCUAUGGACAAAGAGAAAAAGAGCAACAUUUUGAUAGCUUCAGGUCUCUACUUGGUGGCUUGUUUCAUGCGUUUGGCUGAGCAGUGGAAGCAAACAAGCUAAAGGAGCUGGCUUACUUUAUAGCUCUUUAUCCCAUAGUUAAAUUGCUCCAUUUACAGUCUACAUGUACUUCAGCUGGGAUUAAGGUGAGCUCAUUGGACUCACCAAUGUAAAAUUUAGGCAAAAUCCUUCACCUGAACACCAGUAUACAAAAGAAUGUAUCAAAACAUGUAACACUCGUCAAAACAUGUAUUGCAAAUUAGGGAUUACCCGUGAAAAUGCAAAAGAUUGUGUUGUCAUUGAAAAACAUGAAUGCUGUCUCAACAGUGAUCUCUUUGUUCCUAUAAUCCUUUAAUUGCAGUAUUUCCUAAAGUAUAAAACUUUGUUCACCUUUUGUGGUAAUUAUUUGGUUUGUUUCUGCAGAUAAAAGGAAUAAUAACAAACAAGACAGCAAUAGAAGCUUGGAUAGUGGAAAAGGUUCACAGAAGAAAAGCUGUUCAUAUAGACUACAAAAAGUGUUAAAUAAGAUGAUGUAAAUUAUUAUUGAAAUUUGACAUAACUAUUUGCCACCAUACACCACUCUUUCUGAAACUUGAUGAGCAAAUAGGCCAAAUAAUGUUUAAUUUUUAGUCAUUUUGCAUUUUUAUAUUCUUGUGGGCCUUUAUUUUAAUUGUUUCUAACAGACAGCUGGUUGUGUUAGUAAUGAGAGCAAUUUUUCCUCAACAAACAGGCUGACCGACCUCGCACUGAAGGAGACAUAUUUCUUUACCCUUAUGAUCUUGGAUGGAGAGAAAAUGUCAAACAGGUAUCUUUACUUACUUUCAUUUAUUACCUAAUUAAAAGUUUUAUAGGUUGUUUUUCUGUACAUUUAUGCUGUCUAAACAACCACAUACUGUUAAUCUGAAUGUAUGAUGCCAGACAGCUGAACAAUGUACUUCCAGACCAGUUUAUUAAUUCUCCUACCCAAGGUUUUAUGAGAAGCUCAAGGCUGGAUCAAAGUCUAGGGUCUUUUUCUAGAUUUACAGCUUUACUUUAACACUCCAUCCUUGAAGAAUUUUUUAGACAAGCCUUUAAAGAAAAAAUAAAAAACAUGGAAUUUUUGAUCUUAGAGAAUGAGGAUGAACAACAGAAGGUGGCAAACUAUGCAAAUACAAUGAUUGCUUAUUAUCUGGUUAUUCCAGUCCACCUUCUUGCUUCAAUACACAUAUUUGUUUAAUUAACAUAAUCAUUUGUUAAUUACAGCUGGAAAUUGUUUUCCAACAGUGUGCGCUCUCAUUGGUUACUUAGAGGUGAUAUGAGAUCUAACAAUGAAACUGUUUUGCAUCAAAAUCUCUGAGCGAGCAACAUUGCGAAAUCUAUGAGGUCAGAGGGUAACAGUGCACUGUUAUUUGCAAAUGUUGACUGCUUGAAAAAGCUUUUCUUCCUGGGCUGUGUAACAAAUCACUUAGAGACUGGUCCCUUGGGAAACAAUUAAUUUUGUGUCAAUCAAAUCUCAAUGUUUCUCUCACCUUGACAUUAACUGUUUCCCGUCGGACCAGUCAUUAAGUGUUUAGUAUUUAACUUUAUAUUUCCUGUAACUCUUUUCUGUAGUUUGUAAAAGUUGCCCUAUAACCUUAAUUGUUGUUUAUUGAUGUUUGUAAAUCAACGACCUCUGUAGACCAGGAAUCUAUGCCAGCCUCAGUUACACUUUACUAUGUGCAUGUGGAACUGUACCAUAUGUAUGUGAAAAUGUGUGUGAAUAAAUUCAGUUUGGUUUGUUAACAAUGAGCGGAAAAUCGAUCUUUUGAUGUCAAAUUCUAGCCUUAGACUAGAACCCAGAUACCAUUAGCACCAUGUUUAAAACGUUUUUGUCAUUUUUCCGCAGUACAUGUUAGUAACUUGUCUUUACAACAGGUGAUAUCUUUAUGCCAUGAUUAUGUUGGGGAUGGAAUAACCUGGCCAGUAAUUGAAGGAUGUGAUCAGUACACAUUAACAGUAUGUAGGCUUUCUUUGUCACGUGCUAAUGCAACCUUUAUUGCCUUUUUUCCGCUUCAUAAUGUUUUCAGACACAGUAAUUAAAUAGCCUCAAAGCUUCGUUCAGCAGUGUUGUGUCACGUGCUUGAUAGUACAAUAGUUUUUUUCUUUUUCUUCAUCAGCGAGAACAAUUACAACAGAAAAAGUUGAAAAGGAUAAGAAAAGUAAGUGUUCUUAAAUCACUUCCGUAUUUUCAUUUAAAAUGGUUGGGCUAUUUUUCCAAAAUAUAAAAAUAACUUGUUCACCAGUAUUUUGACUUUGUUUUUUCGGCUGAGUUUAGGGAAAAGCUUCAAAAAUAAACUGUUGCUGCCAACCAAAUAAAAACAAAGCAAAAAUAAAUGACUGCAACAGGCACGAAAGUAGAGACUGAUCACAACCAGGGGACGCAAUACUUCGAAUGCAAGACUAACAGUUUCUGAUCUUCUUUGUUUUUAUCUUUUUAAGAUUUGUUGUACUGUAGUUAAAUCCUACAAUGGAAAAUUGAUUGCGUGGAGGGAGGGUCUCAGAACUUGUCUUUGUACACCGUGGUCAGACGAACCGCGAAUGAAACUACAAGCUGGAGAAAUAGUUUUAGUGUCUCGUGUGAGGAAGUAUGUUUCAUAUCGAUGAAUUCUAAUAUAAAUGACCUUGCGCGUUGAACUGUGACUCGGUGGAUAUAUCUGUCUUCUCACAUCCAGCAAGCGCAAAAGGGAUUGAUUGAUUGAUUGAUUGAUUGUUUUUUUUAAAUGGGCUUUUGAAAACAAAAUAUUUUCCCCUCUUUACUUUCUAGAAGGGAAUGGGAAAAAGAAGGAACUCCCUUUUCUCACAUAUUACAUGUUACUGACCCUGACAACAGAGGCCCUUCGAUCUUCCCAAAUAAGUUGGGAAGAGGAAAGGAUCACUUCCCGAUUUUAAUAUCUGGGAAGAUCGAUAGGGGCUCUGCUCCCAGGGAAAUUACAUGUUUUUCGAAUUUGUAUCAACCAAAUCUGGCGGACAAAUAUUCCAAGAGCGCUUGCUGAAAAUGAGAUCAGGAAUUAAAGCAAACACGAUACUUACAAUGAGGGGUUACUUUAGAACAAACUAUGAUCAACCACUUUUGUCCCACAUGACAUCAGUUGAGGGAGAAAUGGGGGCACAAAAAUUUCGUUUUAUCAACUCUGAUGAAUUUCUGCUGAUAUAUUUGGGCACCGGGGAGAAACAAAAACGAUAUGUGCGUGCUGCAAAGGGUUUUGCAAAGGGGCAAGUCGGAAAGUUAAUAAAGUCUAUAGCAAUGAUGCUUCGGUGUUUAUGAUAAAAGUCCAUCAAUUGUUGCAAAAUAAUGGCAGCGACCGUACGGCGUAAGAAAUGCAGCGUUGUGAUAGACUAAAGUUUAUAACAAAAAUCGUUGUCGCAAUGGCUGCUGUGUUCGCAUAAGUGUGGUUUUUAUGUGAUCGCUAUUAUCUUUUUUUCUAGAAUCGUUUCAAUUACAUGUAAUCCGCAUCCGCGCUAUAUUGAGCUGUAAAAUACUCGGCCCAUGACCGCUGUUUAAUCCUCCUUAGGUAUUGGCUUUACGGCGAGAAGUUAAAUUCAGUUCCUGGUAAGAUUGUCAAGACAUAUAUUUAAAAGUAACUUUUUUGGAUUAACGAGCUUUUAUUUGCCAGAUAGUACUAAUUGGAGUUAAUUUCACAAGCUGAUCAUUAUAUUGGAACAAAAAUAACAUAUUUUUCAUCUUGAAGAAAAGCCGUUUCAACGUUCAGUUUCUAUCUGUUGGGAGGCUUCAGAACUAAAAUUGUGCGAUACAACUAAUUUUGGUCAUUUAACUUCAAAUUUCAAGACAGUAAAGUCUAGGAACUUGAAGCACCCUACAAAUUAUAGUAAUUAACUGCAAAUACUUUUUGAAGCGCCAGCGUAUGACCUAGGAAUUCCGAAGUUUUGGAAAUCAGCAGUUCUCCUGAAAUUAAUCUACUUUCAGACAUAAUAGUGUUUUAACAUUUUUCAUGUAUGUAACGCAAUCAAAUGUGAAUAGAUUUUUCUUUUUAUUUAUUUAAUUUUUUCCCUCUUUUAUACUAUUUAUUUUCACGAAGAUAUUAGCUUUUCAGGCUACUCUGAAAUUAGAGUGUAAAUAAAGUUCAUUAAUGUAUGUAAGUAUGUAAUGUACAACAUAAUUUAGUUUUUUAUAUUGAAUGAAUGCUACAUAUAACAUGCAUUGGUGGUGGUGGUACGGAUGUUAACUUAUAGGUCGUUUCCAAACUUGUGCACGUUUGCUUGUGCAUCGAUCCGUUUGAUUUUUCACUCUUUUCAUUAAAGUGGUAUUAUAAGCGUCUGCAGUUUUGAUAGGAGCGUUGCGUGACGACACUAAAAACGGCUGUGUAGUGGACUACAGUUUUGAGUGUUAUUCCGGGCUGAGGAGCUUAAAUUGUAGCUAUUUUACGCCGCGGCAGUGAAUAUUGAUGUAACAGUCCAUGUUCAGAGCCUGUUAACUUGUAUUUGGUUUCAGUUCCUUGCAAGGUAGAUUGAAAAAUUUAAUUCCUGUUUUUAGAGUUUGCAAGUGGAACACAGCUUCCUGAAGAAAAAGGUUGGUUUCCUCGCCACUGUGUUUUGCGAGCAGACGAAGAAGAAUCUCCACUCAAGAAGGAUAUCUAA